GCCGCCGCCCCGCCCGCCUCAGUCACCGGCGGAGCCGCAGCGAGCGCAGCGCUGUCCCUUCAGCACCGCUGCCCCCGCGGACACCGCGGGCUCCACACCGGCCCCGCCGCCGCCUCUCGCCGCCUGCUUGGCAGUCUGGAAAGCCGGCUGCAAGGAUGGUGAAGCUGGGGAGUAAUUUGAACGACAAGAACAACAAACCACCAUCCAACGAAGAUGGUUUUCAGACAGUUCCUUUGAUCACACCUUUGGAAGUAAAUCACCUGCAGUUCCCGGCUCCGGAAAAGGUAAUUGUGAAAACAAGAACAGAAUAUCAGCCUGACCAGAAGAACAAAGGAAAACUCAGAGUGCCCAAAAUUGCUGAAUUCACAGUCAGUUUCACUGAUGGGGUAACAGAAAGACUAAAGGUCACCAUUCUCAUAAGCCUGGCUCUUGCAUUCCUUGCCUGCAUAGUGUUCCUUGUGGUGUACAAAGCCUUCACUUACGACCACAGUUGCCCAGAUGGAUUUGUUUAUAAGCACAAGCGCUGCAUCCCCGCCUCGCUGGACGCCUACUACUCGGCGCAGGACUCCAACUCGCGGGGCCGGUUCUACACCGUCAUCAGCCACUACAGCAUGGCCAAGCAGACCAGCUCCCGGGCCGUGUCCCCCUGGCUGCCCUCGGGCUCCGCCAGCCACGACAACAAGGCUGCCAAGACAGAGGGGCACUAAAGGCGACGAGCUGGAGCGGGAGGGCGGGGGGACAGCACCUGAGCGGGGUGUUGGAGGGAUCCGAGCCAGGGCAGGAGCAGCUUCGUGGGUAUUUUUUCUUUUUUUGUGCGUUGUUCUCGUUGAUUUGUAACCGAGUCGAGCUCUUGUACAAAGGCAUGUUUGAUGUUGACUGUACCUUAACGAUGUAAAAAUAUUUUUAAAUCAUUGCUUAACUAUUUGUUAGAAAAAUAAAUUAAAAAACAAAAAAAGCAAGUUAGGUAAACAGCCAGAGAGGAUAAAAGCAGCAAAGAGAAUGCCACCAAGUUUUGUCAGUGCUGGAAAGAGGCUCCACAUGCAGUGAAGGAAGAGCUGGAAUCCUUUCAGGAGG